CAACCAUGGACGGCCAUGUGCUCACAAUCUUUUCUCCAAGAUCCUCACAUUUUCUCAAACUUCCAUUACCGAAUUCCAAUUAUAAUAUGCAUUAAACCUAAAGAAACAAUAAUCAAAUUGCAUACUUUAUAUUCUUCAAAAAUUUCAAUAACCAAAGUUUCUUCAUGGCAUGCACCAACAUGCUACGUUUUCUGUUUUUACCAAUGUUCUUUGUCAUAACCGUUAAGAGUUCCACUUCCGACAUCAAAGCUAUAUACUGGCUUCAACAACCGCUUUUCCCUCCUUCAGCCAUAAACACAUCACUCUUCACUCACGUUUACUAUGCUUUCCUUGCACCCAACAACGCUACCUACCAACUCGACAUUCCAGACUCCACCGCCGCUACCCUCGCCAAGUUCACCGCCACCCUCCGUCCCUCCGUCACCACUCUCGUUUCCAUCGGCGGCGCCAACGUCAAAGCCGACCUCUUUGCCGCCAUCGCCUCCAACGCCGCCGUGCGCGCCUCCUUCAUCAACUCCACCAUCGCUGUCGCGCGGGCCUUCGGCUUCCACGGCGUUGACAUUGAUUGGGAGUUCCCUCGCACCGCGAACGAAAUGAAGGACCUCGGCCAGCUCUUCAAAGAAUUGCGCGCCGCCAUCGUCUCCGAGGCCUCCGCCACUUCCCGGAAACCGCUCCUCCUCACCGCCGCCGUGUACUUCUCCGUCGAUUACUUUCUUUCCACAACGACGUCUUUGCGACACCCCGUGCGUUCCAUUAACGAGAAUUUAGAUUGGAUCAAUGUCAUGAGUUACGAUCUUAAUGGGCCUUGGAGUAACCGCACUGGGCCUCCUGCUGGGCUCUUUGACCCGAAAAGUAAUGCUAGUGUGGCCUACGGGUUACGGUCCUGGAUCCGGGGUGGGGUUAUUCCGAAGAAGGUGGUUAUGGGUUUGCCGCUUUAUGGGAGGACAUGGCAGUUACUUGACCCGAGUGUUCAUGGAAUCGGAGCUCCGGCUGUAGGGGCGGGUAUCGGGAUGGAUGGUGCGAUGGCGCUGUUUCAGGUGUUGGAGUUUAAUAACGAAACGGGUGCAAAUGUGGUGUAUGACGAGGAAACGGCGUCGGUUUAUUCUUACAGUGGUAGUAACUGGGUCGGGUACGAUGACCCGGUAACGGUGGCGGCUAAGGUUGAGUUUGCUCAAUCUCUUUAUCUCGGUGGAUAUUUCUUUUGGGCUGCAGGCCUCGAUACCAACGAUUGGAAAAUCUCAACACAAGCUCUAAAUUCAUGGAUGCUUUGCAUAAAUGAGAGGGGAAGAGUGAACUGAAACUUGAGCCCGUCGCUUCGUGUUUCUGCUAUCAUUUUGUAUCUUAUCUUUCAACAUCAAGUAAUUGAAUUGCCUCAUUCAGCAAAAUGAAUUAUUUUCACCUGUUUUAUUUAAAACAUUGCGAUUUAUGGAUUGUGUAAAACAGCUAAGAGAUGUCUCAGUUGAUUUCUAAGUUAUUAAUGUGCCAAUUGGUU